GUGUCUCACAUGAUUGCUGUCUGAAUCCAAUUUUUGCAUUUCAAAACAACAGAGCCUAUCAACAUAAUAGGAGUGCAAACAUUAUGCUCCAUGUCACUACAUUUUAUAGGCUUAUUACUGGACAAGUUAAGAGCAUAAACUCAAAGAGAGCCUAAGGCUCAAAGGGCUACUAGCAAAUUCACAUGUAAUCUUUGUUUUUCAAACUCCUAGACUAUUGCACAAUACUAAACAUGUAAAAAAAAAAGACUAUACUUUCAGGGAUCAUUUCUAUAGUCCGUUACUAAACAUGUAAAAAACGAAGUCUGAAAUUCCCAAGUAUGUUUGAAUUCCUGAUGUCUUUUAUUUAAGAGUAAGAGCUUAAGUUGACCAACAUUUUGGACUGAAUUGUAGAAUGCUUAAUACGUAAUUCCUUAUUUGCGAGUUUUCUAUUUAUCAAAAUUACUCCAAAAGUUCUAUACCUUUUUUUAACUAAAAAGAGUUCUGCUGAAGUCUUUGUAAAUAUGUUUAGCAUAGUAGUUUACUAUUUGACUGCUUUUCCAGAGAAUUGAGUUUGGAUUUUUGUCACCUUUCUUUUACAGAGACCAUUUUACUGUGCUCUUAUAACAAUAUACAGGAUAAUAUAUCAACUCAGUCAAAAUUAAAUGGUUUUGUUAUGAAAGUUUGUAAUUUUAUCAAUGAACAUAUUAAAAUUGCCUCUGGGAUUGAAUGCUCCUAUAUUUUUUCUUGUAAAUCAGCUAAAAUACAUCAGCAUUAUAUAAAGUAAAAAGAGCUACAAACCCAGGAAAAAGAAAGGAAGUAUCCAAGAUAGGACUUUUCAAAAUCGCUAUGAACUUCCCUGUAAAAUAUUUUAUUUCCUAACAAGUUUAGCAUAUGCGGAAGUUUCUCUCCAGGGUGUUUAUUAAUCAUUCAUUAAUGCAAGUGUUCUUUGAGGUUCUGAAUGGGCUUUUUGUCUAUCUGCAGCCUCAAGAACCUUACAUAGCUGUCUUUGAAGUGCUAGGCUAGGGAUUAAUUAUAGGUGUAAAGGAGAUCUUCAAGCAUGAUCAACUUUUUAACUUAAUGUUUCUGGAUUGUUUCAGAAAGUGUGGGCAGUUUUCCCUACACCAGAAUCUUAACACAGAACUGUCGCCGCCAACCAGGGUCAUUUGCCUGCUGCUGCCCAAGAGGAGAAUCGCACCAUGCCAAACUACAAACUCACUUAUUUCAACAUGAGGGGGAGAGCAGAAAUUAUUCGUUACAUAUUUGCUUAUUUGGACAUAAAGUAUGAAGACCACCGAAUAGAACAAGCUGACUGGCCUGGAAUCAAAUCAACUCUUCCAUUUGGCAAAAUCCCCAUUUUGGAAGUCGACGGACUUAUCCUUCACCAGAGCCUCGCUAUAGCAAGAUACUUGACCAAAAACACAGAUUUGGCUGGAAAAACAGAAAUGGAACAAUGUCAAGUUGAUGCUAUUGUGGACACACUGGACGAUUUCAUGUCACGUUUUCCUUGGGCAGAGAAAAAGCAAGAUAUAAAGGAUCAGAUGUUCAAUGAGCUGCUCACUCAGGAGGCACCUCAUCUUCUACAAGAUUUGGACACAUAUUUAGGAAAUAAAGAGUGGCUUAUUGGUAAUUCUGUGACCUGGGCAGAUUUCUACUGGGAUAUUUGCAGUACCACACUUUUGGUGUUUAAACCUGACUUGUUGGACAUCCAUCCCAGGCUGGUGACGUUACAGAAGAAAGUCCAAGCCAUUCCUGCCAUCGCUUCCUGGAUAGGGCAGAGGCCCCAAACCAAACUCUAGCGGGUACACACUGCCUUCAAGCUUGGUCACUCCUCCCAGCGCCCCUCCUGUGAAGAUAGCUACAGUCUGCCACACCCCUCUCCAGCUCCACCAAGACUUUCACUUUAGCCACAUUCUGCUUUAAAAAAG